UUAGCGGUUGUGCACAAGAGACUAAUUUAAAAAGAAAAGUGUGAAGUGAGUAAAAUUAAUAAUAAACAAUUAAUAAUAAACCAUCUUUAUCUAAAAGGCUUUUAUUUGAAGAAGCGGGAACCAAAAUAACAAUAAACAAUACUGAAUAUCAAUCCCCGCUAAUCGUGUAAACAAACAACUUGAAUUCGCCAACAAGAAUGAUGAGUGAGAGCUCAGAUGUUUCAAAUGCGGUGAGCAGCGUCAAACCAGCCACUAGCUACAUCUCUACUUUGCUCACGGAGCCGAUAAAAUUGCGCGUGGGCAAGCAGGGGGCCAGCGCCAUCGAGCCACAAAGCAUACCACAAUUCUUUCACGAAAGCUGCGCACGUCACGCCGAAAAGCCAGCAUUCGUUUAUGCGAAUGAUCCCAAAGAUCCCAAUACCGCUUGGACAACCAUCAGCUAUCAACAAUAUGAACGAAAUGUUAAGCAGACUGCCUUGAUGCUGCUCCACGUUGGUCUACAGCCACGCACCUCAGUUUGUGUACUGGCCUUUAAUUGCCCCGAAUGGUUCUAUGCUGAAUUCGGUGCUUUAUGCGCCAAUGGCGUUGUGUCGGGGAUUUAUCCGAGCAGUUCGCCGGAGUCAGUGGAACAUGUGCUCGCCACAUCGCAAGCCACUGUCUGUGUUGUGGAUGAUGCCGCACAGAUGGCUAAAGUACGUCAAGUAAAGGACAAUUUGCCGUUGCUGCGUGCAGUUAUACAAUUGCAUGGCCCAUUCGAAGAUUUUAUUGGCACCGAGGAGGGUUACUAUCGUUGGGAAGAUCUAUUUGCUUUGAAAUUUGACAGUGCGCUAAGUGAUGAGUUGGCACGACGUGAAAGUACCGUGGGCGCUAACGAGUGUGCAGUGCUAAUUUUUACGUCCGGCACAACAGGUCUACCUAAGGCGGUGAUGCUCUGUCAUGACUCGGUUCUAAUGAAUGCUAAAAUUAUUGAUACCGGCAUUAGCGAUAUCCGUAAAGAAGCUGAAGUUACUGUUUCGUAUUUGCCUUUGAACCACAUUGCUGCUCAAAUCUUUGAUGGCUAUAUGGGUUUGGAUAACGGUUCGUGUAUAUAUUUCGCUGAUCGUGAUGCAAUGAAAGGUACACUAGUAAAAACUUUUCUCAAGGCUCGUCCCACAUGUUUAUUCGGUGUUCCGCGUGUCUUCGAAAAGAUGCAGGAACGCCUGAAGCAAGUAACAGCGAACUCAUCGACUUUCUCCCGCUCCGCCAUGGAAUGGGCUAGACGUGUCACUCUGGCAUAUCAUCAGAAUAAAACCGGACACCCUUUGAAGUUUUGGCUUGCAUCGAAGAUCACAAACCAAGUCAAGGUUGCUUUAGGUCUAGAUCGCUGCCGAUGGAGAAUCACUGGCGGUGCGCCAGUUUCAACCGAGUUGAAAGAAUUCUUUACCAGCUUAGACAUGCCACUUUUCGAGGCCUACGGCUUAUCAGAAGUUGGUGGCGCUGCAGUGAUAAAUAGGGACAUCGGCAAUUUGAAAAGUUGUGGAAAAGCCUUUGAUGGUGUUGAAAUAAAAAUCAACGAACCGAAUGAAGACGGGCACGGUGAGAUCUGUCUCCGCAGUCGUUCCACCAUGAUGGGUUACCUUAAUGAAGUGGAGAAAACAGCAGAAGUUUUGAAAGAAGACGGCUGGUUCCACACUGGUGAUUUGGGUUAUGUGGACGAGGAUGGAAAUCUACUAAUUACCGGACGUAUCAAGGAACUAGUAAUUACAGCCGGUGGAGAGAACAUCCCACCCGUACAUGUUGAGAAUCUAGUUAAGGCGGAAUUACCCUGUGUUAGCAAUGCACUGCUAGUAGGGGAUCAUCGCAAAUACCUUAGUAUUUUAUUAACGUUGAAGACCGAUAUGGAUCCACACACUGGCUUACCUUUGGAUAUCCUGCACUCUGAUACUAUAUCUUGGCUACAAAAUUUGGGCUUUAAGUACUCACUAUUAUCGGAGGUUCUCAAUAUACCAGCCGAUGUGAGUGCGCUUGAUGAUGCUAAUAUCUUGGUACAGCCUGAUGCGAAGAUAGUGGCGGAAAUAGACGCUGCCAUUAAACGCGCUAAUACACGUGCUCUUUCCAAUGCCCAAAAAGUACAAAAAUUCGCCCUCCUUCCGCAUGACUUUUCAAUUCCCACCGGAGAAUUGGGUCCAACACUGAAGUCGCGCAGGAAAGUAAUAUUAGAGAAAUAUGCAACUGUAAUUGAACGCAUUUAUAAGUAGUAAGUAUGUAAGUAAUCCAUUAAAAUGCGUAUUAUGGAAAUGCUUAAAUUCUUUAAAAAAGAAAAAGCCAUAUACAAUUGGUUUAUAAUAUUUCUGUUCUUAAUAAAUGUACUGUUAGUCACAAAAAACAUCAUCAAAUUUACCACAAUACUUCCUCACCAUUUUAAAGAUUUCUGCUAAAGCACCUUCAUCGAAUCUCACUGCAUAACUGAAAAAGCAUGAAAGAUGCGCCGUUUGAAUAGCCUCACGCAAUUAAGGAAAGUUUUGACCGCCAUUCCUCUGGGAGUGGCGGAAACAAUUCCUUUACGUGUGGUGGC